AAUAUCUUGACCCCAGUAAAUAGGUAAGUUGCCUCAAAGUCACUUUAGCGUCGUUUGAAGGUUAUCUAUACAUUCUAAUCAAGUUAACUUCUCCAAGACUAGGUUCACUUCGAAAUUAUAAUCCAUGUUAAUGCCAUUUGAAGGGAACGAUCUUUCACAUAAACGAACUCAAAUCAUUGUCUUCACGCUUGGAUCAUUACUCAGGAUUGUUUGUAGACAUUUCCAAGGAAUAUGACUGACUUCAUUGAAGCGGUAUCCAAUCCAUUGGCACCUGAUGUGUUUGUGGGUCAUGGUGACUUUACGAAUCAAAAACUAUCUAAUAGUGAUUUUCGAAAAUUGUUAAUGACACCUAAGCCAUCAGUACAACCUUCAAAAAUUGAUGAAGUACAUGAAACUGGGACCCGCAUUUCUACUCACCAUUUGGAAAGAUCCGAUCGUAUACGCCAAGAUCCUAGUCAAACUAUUCAUCGUAGUAAACAUAAGAUAAGUCACAAGCGUCAUCAUGUUCGUAGCAAAAAGGAUGCUCAAAAAUCAGAUGUUUCUGAAUCAACACAUCGUUAUCGAGAUCGUGCAAAAGAACGACGUGACGGCAAACUAGUUGCUCCAACUGAGGAAGUUGAGGAAGAACGUGAAAUGGAAAAUGAUGAUGAUACUUUAACUCGUACAGCCGACUAUCGUGCUGUUGCACCAUCGUCUGCUGCUGGUGCUUCACAUGCUGAACGUCGUCGAAUGCUUAUACAGGAAUCUAAGUAUCUUGGUGGUGAUAUGGAACAUACUCACUUGGUCAAAGGUCUUGAUUAUGUUCUAUUACAAAAAGUCCGUUUGGAAAUACAAAAUAAAGAAAUUGAAGCCGAACAAGCCCUGGAUAUUGAAUUAAACAAACCUGAUAAAAUGAAAGAAAGUACUAAUAAUGAAGAAAGCAUACAAUUUCGUACUCAUCUAGCGGCAAGUAUAUGCAAUGUUAUUUUCAAUGAACGUCUCCCAGAACGUAAUGAAUAUUUUCAACCUGGUCGCAUGGCUUAUCGUAUUGAACUGGAAGAUGAUUCAGUGGAUUUUGAAGUACCAGCUACAGUGAUUCGUAGCAAAUCUGAUUGUUUACAAAUUGAUGGUCGUGGAACUGGUGCAAUAACUACUAACGAAAUUGUUAUUAAUAAACUUACUCAAAUCUUAUCAUAUUUGCGGGCUGGCAAACGACAUGCAAAGAAGACUAAGCUUAAAGGACGUGUUGCUGACAAAUCUGAAUUUGAUUAUGAAGACAAUCGACAUCUUAUCCAUAAAAUGGCUAAUACUGCUAUAUUUGAAGGUAUCGGAAACGAUUACUUACCGACAACAAAGAAGCAAUGCAAAAGUAACGAUAGGAUGGAUUUACCAUAUGAGGAUUCUAGAGUGUCGAAUUCACGUAAUCGUCUACCCGCUUCUAAUACUACUACAUCUGGUAGUAAUAGUAACACCAAUGCUGAAUCAAAUAGUGCACAAGCAUCAUACUUCGAUAUUCCCGCCAAUGCUGAUUCAGUCACAAAUAAUUCGAUAAGUGCUACUAAAGAAUUUUUAAAUGAAUUAAGUCAACGUUUUGAUGUUAAAGAUGAAAAUAGGUUACAGGAAAAAGCAAGUCUUGAACGAUUCUUUGCUAAAACUCAAGUCACGUGUUACGAUGAAUGUUAUCCCGGUUUCGCUGAAUCAUACGAUGCUAUGGGUGAUUCUGAUGAUGAAGCUGAUUUUAGCAAAAUGGAUUUAGGUAAUAAAAAAGGUCCAGUUGGUCGAUGGGACUUUGAAACACAGGAAGAAUAUAGUGAUUAUAUGUCGAAUAAAGAAGCUUUACCAAAAGCUGCAUUUCAAUAUGGUGUUAAAAUGGCUGAUGGUCGUCGUACACGUCGUAUUGGACCAAAAGAUGAAAAAGCUGAAUUAGAUCGUCAAUUACAAAAAAUACAAUCAAUCAUACAAAAGCGUAAACAAUUAGCUGAAGAUAGUGGUCCAGUAGGAAAAAAUGUCCGAUUUUAAAAAUUGCUAUAAUAUACAUGUACAUUUAUUUAGCCUUUGGUUUUUAAUUUGAUUCUACAUGAAAUAACUUUUACAUUCAGAUAUUUAGUUUAUUUUUGCUUUUCGUCCGAUUUUUUGUGAGAUGUUUUAAUCAUUUAAAUUAGAUUAUCGUCAAAAUGAAUUGGAAAUAGUGCGUGAAAGUGAUUACUCACUUCCUUUUUGUCAAAUAUAUAGUUCUACUUAUUUUCAAUUUUUUAUUAGAUCUCUCAGUUCUCAAGGGUCGAUGCGCUCAUUCACUUUUUCAAUCAUACGUAGACGAAAUGUUCCAAACUUAGGUUUUGCACUCAUCAACAAGAAGUAUUUACAUUCUUGAUAUAACUGGGAAUUAUUGAACCUUGUCACCAAUAAGCUAGUCUUUCCACAACUAGUAGGAAUGAAAUAUUUACACUAAUUGGCAAGAAUUAUUAUCUUACAUAUAUAUUGAAUAAUGGCUAGCAGUGGAAUUCAGUUCGAAGCGCGUUUCGUCCUGUUUGGGACUCGUCAGCCGGAUGUAUCUGCAUCCCAGUACCAUUCGCUCCAAACGCUAUCACGUUAUCCACUUAGCUACUGAGUCCCAGUAGUCACUUGUUUGUGCAAUGGGGUGAAUUUCAAUUCACUUGGUAUUGUUUUGCUUGAAUCUUCCCAUUGAGGUUUAAGACU